AUGAAUGCGGUGAACACGUUAAUGAUAAUUCGGUUACUAACUCGUAACCAACUCGCUAGCCAUGAGGAAAUACCCUACGGAUCAAUGUGGUGGAUCAUCUACGCCGGAGUUUCAUGUUUCCUUGUCAUCUUCGCCGGAAUCAUGUCAGGUCUAACCCUAGGGCUCAUGUCAUUAGGACUUGUUGAUCUUGAGAUUCUUCAACGGAGUGGUUCUCCGUCCGAGAAAAAGCAAGCAGCGGUUAUUCUUCCGGUGGUUCAGAAACAACACCAGCUUCUGGUGACUUUGCUUCUGUGUAAUGCUGCUGCUAUGGAGGCACUUCCGAUAUACCUAGACAAGCUGUUCAAUCCGUUUUUAGCUGUCAUUCUCUCUGUGACUUUUGUUCUGUUUUUUGGGGAGGUUAUUCCUCAAGCCAUUUGUAGUAGAUACGGCCUUGCUGUAGGUGCCAACUUUGUAUGGCUUGUACGAAUUUUAAUGAUAAUCUGUUACCCAGUUGCUUAUCCUAUUGGAAAGGUUCUAGAUUGGUUAUUAGGUCACAAUGAGGCGUUAUUUAGGCGAGCACAGUUAAAAGCUCUUGUCUCCAUCCACAGUAAGGAGGCUGGUAAAGGUGGCGAGCUUACACAUGAUGAGACAACAAUUAUCAGUGGAGCUCUAGAUUUGACUGAAAAGACUGCUGAAGAGGCUAUGACUCCUAUUGAAUCAACUUUUUCUUUGGAUGUUAAUUCAAAAUUGGACUGGGAGGCAAUGGGAAAAAUUCUUGCCCGCGGUCAUAGCCGAGUUCCUGUUUAUCAUGGGAAUUCGAAAAACAUUAUUGGGCUUCUACUGGUUAAAAGUCUUCUCACAGUUCGGCCAGAAACAGAUACUCCUGUCAGUGCUGUCUCCAUCCGGAGAAUCCCACGAGUUCCAGCAGAUAUGCCUCUCUAUGAUAUACUGAAUGAGUUCCAAAAAGGGAGCAGUCAUAUGGCUGCUGUUGUCAAGGCUAGGGGAAAAGGAAAAUUGCCUCCACAAAUGACUGAUGGGGAGAAAUACGAAGAAAACAAAAGGGUUGGUGCCGACUCACAGUUGACUAUGCCGUUACUACAGAAGCAGGAUGAGAGGGCUGAAAGUAUUGUUGUUGACAUUGACAAGCCUUCAAGACCUCCCAGCGUUAACAAGCUAUCUGCUUUGCAACGUAGUGAUGCAGCAAAUAGUUCCCCUACAGAAAGUAUUGAAGAUGGUGAAGUGGUUGGAAUUAUCACUUUAGAAGAUGUAUUUGAAGAACUUCUGCAAGAGGAGAUUGUGGAUGAGACAGAUGAGUAUGUCGAUGUUCAUAAGAGAAUACGCGUUGCUGCAGCUGUGUCCUCAAGUUCACGGGCUUCAUCAAUCCGAAGGUUGGUUGGGCAAAAGGGAGCAGGAGGCCAAAAUAAGCCAGGGACUCCAAAGAAAUCCGCAGAGGAAGAUGGACCGAACAUUACAAGGUUACAAUAA